AACAAAGUCAAAAUGUGGCGUCUGUCUAGCGGUAUUGUUUAUGAUUUUCUGAACGACAUUUUCUCUGGAAAAUAAAGUUGACGUAUAUUAAUAUAAUUUUCUGAUAAUUUAUAUACUAAAUGUCUGGAUAUGGUGUGUAACCGUAUAAAAAUAAUAAUGAAAUAACAUUUAUAUUACUCAAAAACAGCGAUCUACGUGUCGCCUGCUUGUAUUACUUGAAGUUUUUUCUCUGACAAUAUUAGCGGGAAAUCGCCUUAGUGACGCGCACAACAGUCCACAACCUCUGUUUCUAAUUUAUUCGUACUGUGGCCUGGUGUAGUGUAGUGAUUGUAAUGUGGUUAUACAAGGCCUGAGACUAGGUUUGUGAUAUAAUUAGAAUUGACAAUGUCGAAUGAAAUGGCGGUUGGUGAUAAGGUGUCACAGGAUGCUACUGUUUGUAGUGAUGAGGUUGUAGAAGAGGCUAUACAUACUGAACAGGCUUCACAACCCUCCUCAGAAGCUUUGAUGGAGGGAUCUAAGGAAGAAGCCAAGCCUGAAGAAGAAUCAUCAAGCACAUCAAAUACUAAACUAUCUGAUGAUACAAAUGAAAAGAAAGAUGAUGAUGACCAAAAAGGCAAAAAGCGCAGGGCGUCUUCUGCCUUCAGUGAUGAACCAGACACAGAGUUUAAGGGAUUUGAACAGAGUGACUGUGACCUAACAGAGUUCAAUAAGAUUGUUGACGAGGAUUGGAAAUUUUUACGGAGAUAUUCAACAGAUGAAGACUUUAAGGGGUUUGAUUCUAUUGAAAAUAGCAGCUUGUCUGCUUAUUCUCAAAUUUUAGAUAAUUGGCAGGCUCAAGUAUCAGAGGCCGAAAAGCUUGUGACUCCGUUGAGAAAUGUUUUGACCUUAUCAUUGAAGAUUCCGAAACGACCCAGACAAGACACAGAUAGUUCAAGACCAUCAUCAGCCCUAUCUUCAAGAUCUGAAGGAGACGGAACAACAGAUCCACAGAGGAUAAAUGGAAUUAAAGAAGAGAUAAAACCUUUUAAAAUAGAGCUGGGAAAGGAUAUUAAAGCCUCCUCGUCCCCGGCCAACCGCGGUCGGCGGCCCACCGUGGAGAUGUCGUCGCCGCUGCUGCGCGUGCCCUUGGAGCGAGGCUGGAAGCGGGAGCUCGUUUACCGCGCUGCGCUCGAUGCGCACUCGCGCCGCAACGCCGACAUCUACUACUACAUGCCCGGCGGCAAGAAGCUCAGGUCCACCAGAGAGGUGGCCGAAAACCUGUCCGGAAGCGGUCUCACUCUGGAGAACUUUUCGUUCUUCAAGGAACCUCUCGGUAUAGAUGACCCCGAAAAGGAAAUCAUUCGCGACGCCAAAGUGAUCCGCCGCGUGGAAUCUCCGGUGCCGCCGCCGACUCAGGCGGUGGCGGACCUCAAGCGCACUCCCAAACCCAGACCGCCCAAAGGGGCCAGCCCCGAGCCCGCGGUGAAGUCGCCGCCCGCCAAAAUCAAGGUGAAGUCGAUCGGGUCCCGCCUCAACAACAACAGCGCUCCCUCCUCUCCGGCGACUCCGAAGCAGCCCAGACGCGCAUCUCAGACGCAGCCUCCCGCGGACAACAACAACACGGCUUGGAAGAAACCUAGCGAGAAAGCGGCCCGUCGCGUGACGAACGGGGCUUCGCCCCCGCCCGCCGCGUUGCCUUCCCCUCGGCGAAGAGGCCGGACCAAAGCGGACGACGCGGCCCACUUCUCCAACUUCCACGCGAGCGCCCGGGAGAAGAACUACAACGUCGCUCUGCAGAUCUUCCAAUACGUGGGCAUGCGAGACCUGGCCCGAUGCGCACGCGUGUGCAAGUUGUGGCAGACGCUGACGGAUACGCCCGCGCUCUGGAGACACGUCCGGAUGAAAAACUCACACGUCAGCGAUUGGGGCGGGCUGUGCGCGGUCUUAAAGAAGCGUUCGACGAAAUGGCUGGAUUUACGAAAAAUGCUCCUCCCCUCCAACGACACGGUGUUCUGGGACCAAUUCAUCGAGAGCAUCGGCUCGGUGGAUACCCUGGAACGGCUGGAGCUGUGCCGUUGCCCGGCUCGCGUCGUGGAAGCGGUGUGCCGUCGAGUGAGCUCGUUGCGCGCCCUGUGUGCGCCCGCCAUCUGCGACACCGUCUUCGACCCCGAACCCUUGGCCGAGCUGCCGAGGCUGGAGCUGCUGAGGCUGAAGAGUCUGAAAGGCCUCUCCCUGACGCGCAACCUGCAACCUCUGAGCGCGUUGAGCAACCUCCAGCACCUGUCCCUCACGUCCAUAAAGGAGCUGGGCUGGUGCGCCUGCGAGGUGGUCGGCGAACUGGAGCAGCUGGAGUCUUUGGAGCUGGGCGAGUGCUCGUUCGGCAGUCCGUUCGCCGCCGCGCUCUCGAAGCUCGUCCGUCUGCGCAGGCUGAGGCUGGAGAGGGGCGUCCCGCACUGCGCGGCCUCGGCGCUCUUGAAGGCUCUGGCGUCUCUGCCGAAGCUCACCAGAUUGGAGCUGGUCAACUUUGACGUCAAGGUGGGCUUCGACGAUGCGUUGGCGGAGUGCAAAAACAUCCAGAGACUACUCAUCAUACCCACCUACGUGUCGCAGUCGGCGACCACCAACAAGCAGGUGCUGAGCGGCGUGCUCCGGCUGAAAGACACCCUGACGCACCUCAUGUGGGGCGUGACCAUAGAGUUGCUCCGCGUCACCGAGCUCUUCAUCGAUCAGUGCGAGGCGGGAGGGGAGGCGGAGGCCCCGGAGGGGCAGGGGGCGAGGAGGGAGCUCGGGGAGUGCAUACCCGUGUUGAAGCCCGUGCCCGGGUGCAGGCUGCCCGACGACUUGAGACACGUCGCCGGCCCGCCGCAGGUGGAGAUCCUCCCCAUUCCCACGCUCCAGCGGCUCCUGUCGGCCCAGCUGCCGAACACGAAGCUGAAACUCCUGCGCAUCCCCUUCCACGCCACGUGGCGGCAGACGCUGGCGGACUUCCAGUAGCACGCGAAGAGGCGCCGCGGCGUCGGCGAUUGACACUUUUAUUUCGAUAGAGGGAAACGAGACUCCGACAUAGUUGCAAUUUAUCAGAUUAAAUAUUUUAUCCCUAUUACCACGAUUUUUAAUAAUCUAAACGAAUUCAGAUAACGAAGCCAUCUCUCUCUAUCGCGAGCCUCGGAACGGGCCCAGCUCUAAUUUUUAAUAUAGCGUCGGACGCUUAUUUUUAAAUUUCCAAUUUUUACGGAUCAGAUAGGUUUAUGUCGUUUUCGAGUCGUUAUCUGUGUGUAUAUAAAUACGGGAUGUCAAACAUAUAUUGCCCGAAGUGAUAAUAUAUUAAAAGACGGCAAGAAUAUAGAAGUCGAAUAUUUUUUAUAAACACUGAUUUGAGGUUGCGAUAAACUUCGAGUUGUAUAAGAUAGGAAAAGCGUCGAAGUCACUCAAAACGUUCGAACGAAUUUGAGGAGAUAGCUUCGUCCUACGUGCGAUGUCUACGAAUCGCAAUAUUUUAGAAAAUUUACUUGAAUUCGAAAAAGUCACUCGCAAUAAACGGAAUGGAUUUGUGUUAUAUGUCUAAAGUAUUGUAAUUUGUAGUUUUAAAUGACGCGAUAUUUCGGUUGUGCUUCCAAAACGUCGACCGUGUCCGACGCGUCAAAUUAUCAAUUGUCGUAAUUAAUGUCCUUUAACCAAAAAUAUCUCGUGUUAAAAUUUGAUAAAUAUUAUUUUUUUAAACUUUUACCUAAACAAGUAAACGCAUAACUUUGAACUUGAACUCGCCUCGCGGCUCGUUCCGCUGCGAGCGAAAGUAGAUUGUUAUUAUUAAAAUAUUUUUUUAAACGGUUUUGUAUACUUUAUGUAUAUUUUCUUGUUUAGUUAUUUUAAAGUUUAGAAAUUGAAAUGAAAUAUGUGUCGGUCGCGUGGUGAAAGGUAGAUUGUCGUUAGUCGUGAGCGAUCUAAUAGAUCUCGCAACGGAUGGUGGAUGUCAAUAUAACUUGCAAAUAUUCUCGAAAAUUUGGUCAAACGCAGUAAUAAUUCCACUGUCACCUAGGGUAGGGUUUUAAGACGAAUGUAGCUAAUUUUUAUCAAUAGUUUGCAAUGGAUAACAUAAAAUGUAAAUACUGUAGUAGAGUAUUGAAUGGUGCCUUUUCCGUUCGUUCACUUAGCCGACGUCUCAGACUCCAUUGUUUUGCCGUAAUCGCAUUAAGCCGGCGGGCGUGGGUUUGAGCGAUAAAUGAUAUUUCAAUUAGUAUGUUCGCAAGUGCCUCGGAUACGUUCAUCCGAAACGUGUUUCUGCCCGAAGACAGAUGUAUGUACAUAUAUAAAACGUAUUUAAAUAUUUGUCUCCGAAUACACAAAAUGCCAAUCGGAGGCCGCUGUCGUCGAAAAUGUCAAAUACGUUUUGAAAAUGCCGGCGAUGUCGACGAUACCUCGGUAUCUGUCGGUCGAGAGCGAGUGGUCUUUUGUCUAUUGGGACGUUUUACUACUAUUUUAGUGUAUGCGUUAUUUUACUCACGUUAGCGAUAAUUUUGUAUACAUAAUUUUAUGUACUAUAGUUUUGUUUUUAUCCGCUCCGCUGUAUUGGAAAUAAUAUUUGACUAGAUUUAAAUUUAGGUUGCGACGCAAAGAAAUAUAUUGUAAAAAUCUUCACACGUCACGCUUUCACGUAACGAAAAGUUCAAGCUUCGGUACGGCAUGUGUAAAAAUUGUGCAUAAAUUGUUUGUGUCGAUCAAUUAUAAUAAAUAGUUUAAUUUUGUUUAUAGUUUAAUAGUUAGUACUUUGAUAGUGAGUAUUGGCGACAAAUUAAAUUGUUGUCUCGACUU